UGCAGAGAUGCGUCAAAUGGAAGAGCAGUUUACUCCAUACGAUUUCAACGCCGACAAGCCUUCACGACUGCACUUCUUAUCGCAUCUUCAGAUAAAGAACCCAAUCGCUCCAAGUGGACUAGAAAAGAGGCGUGUGAUGAGCAUUCAGGCACAUGCGGCUAUGAGAAUAUCCAACACAAAGAAGCAGUUUUCGUCGUCCUGGAAGGCGUAUCGCAAGUUCACAACGAAUGGAUGGUCAAUCUGGCCAACGAAGAGACGGAAAAUCCCGAGAAUGUCAGUUACGGAGCUCGCGCUUUGUCGGAGGAGAGGACCACGGACUUUGCCAAAAGCACCUUUGCCCACACUUCGGAGGAGCACAAAAUGGAACAAGUUAGCAUCUCCAUCAAAAUCAAUAGGCUAGAGAGGUGGAUCAAGGUAGGUGAGGGCAUGAAUGACGUAAAGGCUCAUCCAUGGUUCCGAGGAUUGGACUGGGAUAUGCUAGAAGCGAAAGAGUUGACUCCCAUCUUCCAACCAGACCAAAAGAAAGCCAACUUUGAUGCAACCCAUGAACUGGAAGAACUUCUCCUGGAAGACAAUCCUCUCAAAGCACGAAAACGUAAUCCCAAUCAGGAUAUCAAUACAUUGAGUGCAGAGAUGCGUCAAAUGGAAGAGCAGUUUACUCCAUACGAUUUCAAGAAGAUGCAAAGGCGCUCUUAUUAUCCCCAUAAUCAGCAGCAAAUCAUGACUUCUAUGACUGGCACCAGCUCUACAGGCUUGGUACCAUCCAGACCAGAAACACCAGCGGACAGCGUCAACAUGAGUAUAGGUGGCCGUAAAACCGAUGACUUUUCCCCUAUGCCGGCUGUUCCACUGGGACACAUGGGAAGGAGCGAAGGUAGCUACGGUCAAAGAC